GAGGAUCGAUGGAGUCUGCGGCGGGUCGAUACCAAUCGACGUUGGAUGCCUUGUCGUCGUUGAUAACGAAAAAGAGCCGUGCUGACAAGAGUAAUAAAGACCGCUACGACUUGCUCUUUGAUUAUUUGAAAAUUUUGGAACUGGAUGAGGCAAUUUCACAGUUGAAAAUCAUCCAUGUUGCUGGCACUAAAGGAAAGGGAUCAACAUGCACGUUUGCUGAAUCUAUAUUACGUAAUUGUGGGUUUCGAACUGGACUUUUCACAUCUCCUCAUCUUAUUGAUGUUCGUGAAAGGUUUCGACUGGAUGGUUUGGAAAUAAGUGAGGAGAAAUUCUUGGAAUAUUUCUGGUGGUGCUAUGAUAGGCUGAAGGAAAAAACCAAUGAUGAUGUACCAAUGCCUACAUACUUUCGCUUCCUGGCCUUGCUUGCCUUUAAGAUAUUUGCAGCAGAGCAGGUUGAUGUUGCAAUUCUGGAGGUUGGUUUGGGUGGAAGGUUUGAUGCAACCAAUGUGGUUAAAAAACCUAUUGUAUGUGGUAUAUCUUCCCUUGGGUAUGAUCACAUGGAGAUUCUUGGAAAUACUCUGGGAGAAAUUGCUGGGGAGAAGGCUGGUAUUUUUAAGCAUGAAAUCCCUGCCUUUACUGUACCUCAGCCUGAUGAGGCAAUGCAUGUGCUUGAAGAGAAAGCUUCAAAGUUGAAUAUAAACCUUCAAGUAGCACAUCCACUAGAUGCGAAUUUGCUGAAUGGUCUAAAACUUGCACUUGAAGGUGAACAUCAAUAUUUGAAUGCUGGUCUUGCUGUUGCACUGUGUUCUACUUGGCUUCGGAGGACUGGUCAUCCUAUCAUUAAUUUCAAUCAAACAGGUCCAUUACCUGAACCAUUUAUUAAGGGCCUAACCACAGCAAGUUUGCAAGGGCGGGCUCAGAUUGUCCCUGACAUUGAAAGCCCUGGAAAUCUGGUUUUUUAUUUGGAUGGAGCCCACAGUCCUGAAAGCAUGGAAGCUUGUGCAAGGUGGUUUUCUCUUUGCACUAGGGAUGAUAAUCACCUAUCUAACCUGAAUUGUCAGCCACAGCAGCAUAUGGAUGAAGGAUCUAAGAAGGAUACUGCCCAGAUUCUGCUAUUCAAUUGUAUGUCAGUGCGAGAUCCUCAGUUGCUUCUGCCUCGCUUGAUGAGGACAUGUGCCAGCCAUGGUGUCUGCUUCCAGAAGGCUCUGUUUGUGCCAAACAUAUCCGUGUAUCACAAGGUUGGAUCCCAGGCUUUACCCACAGUUGAUCCUCAAGUUGAUUUGUCAUGGCAAUUUGGUCUUCAAAGCGCAUGGGAAAGCCUUAUGCAGAGUGAUAAAGGUGCCAGUCUAAUGCAUGGCAUCACAUUCUUCUUAUUUUCCAAAAUUCAUAGUUUGUGAGUUAUGUUGAAUUUGUAAUUUUAAAAUAAUUAAGUCUGCAGCCUUUUCAUCGGAUAAUGUUUCAAGUUUUUCCCCAUAUUUUGAUUUCCAAUGGGAUUUACUUCCUUGGGAUUCAAAUCCCUUUUUCUGCUUGAUGAUAUAAGUGAACUGAUUUUAAUUAUGAUCAUCACAAAAUGUGCAAAUUUAUUGUGGACAUGGAGCAUAACUAAGGGUGCUUUAGUUCGGUUUAGUUUAUAAUGAUUGGAUCUUUCAUAUACUAGGAGGGAGCCCAGUAACACGGACCAAGCUUGUGAAGAAGUGAAAGAUGAUACAGGAAUGAGGGUUACGAGUUGUAAAAACAGUUUUGUCUUUUCUUCUCUACCAUCAGCUAUCAAAUGGCUCAGGGAUACUGCCCAGAAGGAUCGAUUUGUUCAUUUUCAGGUCCUUGUAACUGGUUCCUUGCAUCUCGUUGGUGAUGUUUUGAGAUUAAUCAAGAAAUGAGGCCAAAUCUCCAUAUGCGCUCGUAGUUCUUCCUACAUCGUUGGUCUAACAGACAUCGGUUCAUUUUCUUUACAAGUGAGGCAACGUCUCCACUGUCUCCCAACAGCCUGCUAAUGGCUUCCGAGCUGUCGGAUUUUCGGGGGGUUGCUGGUUUAGGUAAAAACACCUUUUAUGAAUUUUGGGGUUGGCAUAGCUUACAUGAGCAACAAUUGAAUUAUUGUUUUUGAAACAUGUUGAGAUAAAUCCAACAAAACAUUGCAAUUCAUUUUGGAUGACAA